ACUUGGUUGUUGUUGUAUCGGUUUCGACGGGUUCAUACCCGAGAGAAAAGGUGGGUUAGAUGAGUUGGUUUUAAGGCGCAGGCAAAGAGCUCAUUAGUUUCACUAAUACUCGAAUCACACGAGGUAGCUCGAUUUCUACGUCUGCUAUCGGUUGUGAUUGGAAUUUGAGAAUGCCGUUCCUUGGAAGAGAGUUCAAGAAAGUGUUGCGGUACUCUAGAUGAAUGACGUUUAAGUCCGCUGGUACGCCGUCCUGUUCUGCAGUCGCAUACUCUCUUCCUGAUAUACCCAGGAUGUGCAGUCAAUGAUAACAUCCCUGUAGAUAUUGCUUUUACUGCAUCGCAUUAAGCUUCUUAACGCGUAGCAUAAAUGCUUCGUUGUGUAACUAAUGCUCCGACAACGCCAGGAGGCAGUGUCGUGAAACACUUGUAGGCUCUUUAUCAGCGUCUCGCUAGUUACCGGCGUCUAACUAAGAGCAGAGUUAUUUACGAUCGGCCGGACAAUUGUCUUGUAUUUGACGAGCAACUUUUCGUUGUCUAUUCCCUAGGUACUACCGACUAACGCUUUGAGGAUUUUGUUUCGGCUCUCCUUAGUCCAGCUUGUAAAAAAGCUGGCCGAGGUUUUCACAGGUCUUAGCUGUAGUUGUCCUCCAUUGGAGAAGCGUUAACUUUUUUGUUGAUCCGUGGCAAAUUGCAAGAGUGUAGGUGUAAGGCUUCUAUUGAUCAUACGAUACAUUGCACAAAUCUCUCUUGUCUUUCAGUUUAUGAAUAUUUUCCCAAUAAAUAUAGGGACCUACAGUUCUGUUUUAAGCUGCCUUUGAACGGUUCAUGGAGUUCGAAGUCAGUUUUAUUUUCAUGCCACAAAUAGGAGGCGUUGACAUUCCCCGCCGAGGGCGAGGUUGUUGGUCUGCCCAGAGUAAGAACUCAAGAUGCUUCAUAUGGCUCACGCUGCUAAGCACUUAGCUAUUGCGGACGAGAGACAAUGUACUCGCAUAUACGAGUAGAUAUAUAUUUAUAUAUAUCCACAUGCAUUUAUGGAUUUUACAAACUCAGGCUGAUAAUGUCGCGAUUAUUCUUCAGUUAUUUAUGAAGAAAGUCUCAUAUAUAUGAGCGUCUAUGUACAUUUUAAUGACGGUAGAUAAGAUAUAAAGAUCACUCUACACUUUUUACGCUAUAAAAUCGUUGUUAAAUAAUUAGUAUUGAAGAGAUUCCAACACAGUUAACUACUCAUCAAAAGUUUCACGCUUAAAGAUGUUCACCCGCAAGCUACAUAAUUCCGAUCCUAGCAAAGCUACCAAAAUAACCGAUCCCGAUGCACCAAAUUACCGUAUGGGCGAUUAUGGUUAUGGCAAACAAGGUGUGCGUGUGUUCCAACUCAAGAAGGAGGGUCCCGUACACAGUGUGACCGAAUAUGAAGUGAACUCGCAUAUGCGUUUACGUACACAUAAGGAAUAUUAUGAAGCCGACAAUUCCGAUAUUAUCGGUAGUGACGUACAGGAGAACACUGUAUAUGCGCAUGCCCAAAAGCAUGGGCUACACACACCGGAGGAGUUUGCUCUCACGCUUACACAGCACUUCUUGGAGAUGUAUGAGCAGGUCGAAGAAUCGAAUGUGACCGUGAAAGAGUUGGCUUGGGAUCGUUUUGGUGAGCAGGAACGACAGGGUUACUAUAAAGAUAAGCGCCAUAAUCAUGCGUUCAUGCGAAAUUUAAACAUUACACACAGUUGUGAAGUUGUGCGGAAGAGGGAUUGUCCACCACUUUUGAUUGGUACACUCUACGGCUUGCGUAUCGUAAAAACCGCACGUGCUCCAUUUACCGGUUAUGUGAAGGGCGACAUGUUCUCCGAAGGCGAUAUGGCCGAUCGCAUUUUAUGUACGGAAGUGAACGCUCGUUGGCAGUAUGCAAAAGUGGAUGGUAUUGAUUUUGCCACGCAUUGGUUGAAAGUACGCGAUUUGAUAUUGCGUUCCUUUGCUGGAGAUCCGGUGCAAGGUGAUGUCACGACUAGUGUCCAAUAUGUAGCUUAUAACGCUGAACGGGCUGUGCUCGAUGUUUUGCCAGAAGUUUGCAGUAUAUCGAUUAGUUUACCAAAUUACAGACACUUUCCUUUUGAUUUCUCUCGUUUUCCACCGAUCGAACCCAAGGCCGAUGUUAUCAUUGUCAAUCCAUCGGAUACACCUAUCGGAAUAGGUUAUGCUCAUUUAGAUCGACUAGAAAACUGAAAAAAAUAUAGCAUAGAAAUUUUUCGCUAAAAAAACUGUGUUUUAUACCAUUCAAAAUGAUUUAAA